AUGGUGCUCCGGAUCGAGGACACCGAUGCCGCAAGAUCCACAGCAGAGUCGGAGGCAGCUGUCCUCUCGGACCUAAAGUGGUUGGGCCUGAAGUGGGACGAAGGUCCCGAUGUGGGGGGUCCGCAUGGCCCUUACCGCCAGUCGGAGAGGCGGGAGAUCUACAAAGAGUAUGUUGACAAGCUGGUCGAGCAGGGCCUUGCCUACCCCUGCUUCUGCAGUGACGAGGAGCUGGAGCGGCAGCGAGAGGAGGCUGAAGCUGCCAAACAGCCGCCCAUUUACAGGGGAAAGUGGGCACAGGCCAGCAAGGAGGAGGUGGAGGAGCAGAUGCGGGCCGGGACGCCCUACUGCUACCGCUUCCGCGUGCCCAAGGAUGAGGUCAUUACCAUCCAGGACCUGAUCCGUGGGGAGGUGUCGUGGAACACCGACACGCUGGGCGACUUUGUGGUCCUGCGUUCCAACGGCCUGCCGGUGUACAACUUUUGCGUGGCGGUGGACGACGCGCUGAUGAAGAUCAGCCACGUCAUCCGCGCCGAGGAGCACCUCCCAAACACCCUGCGCCAGGUGCUGGUAUACAAGGCCCUGGGCUUCCCCCUGCCUCAGUUUGGGCAUGUGUCCUUGAUCCUGGCGGCAGACAAGGCCAAGCUGUCCAAGCGCCACGGCGCCACCUCGGUGGGCGAGUUUGCGGGGCAGGGCUACCUCCCAACCGCCAUGAUGAACUUCCUGGCCCUCCUGGGUUGGAACGAUGGCACGGAGCGCGAAAUGUUUGACGCCCGGGAGCUGUCGGAGGCCUUUUCCCUGGACCGCAUCACCAAGUCCGGGGCGGUGUUUGACACAACAAAGCUGGCCUGGAUGAAUGGCCAGUAUCUGCGGGCCCUGCCUCAGGAGGAGAUGGCCCAGAUGGUGGCGGAGGUGGGGGCGGCCAAAGGCCUGCUGGCACGACCCGCGGUCACGCCCUUUGUACAGGCGGCCACAGAGCUGACGCACCAGUCGUUGGAGCUGGUGAACGAUGCCGUGACCCAGAUCCAGUGGCUGCUGCAGUACCCGCUGGAGGAGACUCUGGCUAGCCCCGACGCCGCCCCUUUCAUCGAGGACGGGUUUGCCGACGUGGCUCGCGCCGUCGUCGCCGCCCACGCCGAUGGCAGCCUGCAGGCCGCCCUCACCGGGGGACCCGACGCCUACAAGUCCUGGAUCAAGGGCCUGGGCAAGUCCAUGAAGCGCAAGGGCAAGCGCCUGUUCAUGCCGGUGCGCAUCGCGCUGACGGGCAGCCAGGCAGGCCCGGACGUGGGCCAGGCCCUGCGGCUUUUGACCCUGGAGGAUGGGGACCUGGCGGCCGGGGUCACCGUCGUGCACCUCGACGACCGGAUCAAGGCGCUGCAGGCUUGGCUGGACGCCCGCUCCUGA